AUGACAGCUGAGAGAGGCCAACGAGGUGAUGAACUGAAAACCAAAACAAAGAAACUCAAGGAGGAAGUUCUGAAAGAUGCAAAAAUAUGCAGUGAUUGCAACUCAACUAAUGCAAAUUGCAGUUUGAAACAAGGCUACGUUAUGUGCUCUUGUAAAAAUGGUUUUGUUGGAAAUGGUCUAAACUGCACACCAAUGGUGUUUUGUGGCACUACUACAUGCUGUCCUCCAGGAUACACAUGGGAUAAUACAAACAAAUCAUGUGUGGAUAUUAACGAAUGCCUAAAUAGUUUAUUGCACACAUGCCUUAAGGAAUCUCAAUGUAUAAAUAUGAAAGGCCUCUACCUUUGCAAUGCAGUCCCGAACCCGACAUGUCCUGCAGAAGUCUGUUCUACUGAUAAAGACUGUAUAAGAGAUGGAACAAUCCUUAAAUGUAUUGAUCCUUGUGAGAAUUACCAAGAGAUAGAUGGAUCACGUAGGCUUUACACUUUGAAUUCUGUUGGAAGAUUCCCCACUGACAGGUACUUAAUUGGCUGGUACCGCUACAAAAAUGGCCUGAGACUAAGAGAAGGAUAUGUCGGCCCUCUAAAAUGUGGUUCUGUUGAGCCCUAUUCUUUAAGUAGCCAUCCAACUGUUAGUGAAGGUGUGAAAUCAGUUGCUCUGUUAACAAACGGACUAACAUCAAAUUCAACUGGACCAUCUAUUCUGGUGAAAGCUUGUGCUGCAGGAUAUUAUGUGUACAAGUUUAAAGGGCUGUUGAAAUCUGAGGUCUAUUGCUCAGUACAGGAGGUGGUCACAAGCAGUAGAUUAUCCUUCAACUACUACUUCAACAACGACAACUACUACUACCACCACCGCAAUUAUACCAACAACCAAUGCUACUACUUCAACGUCAACUGCUGCAACUACAACAUCAACAACUACUCUCACUGCUACCACUACCACACCUAUUACUAUACCACCAAUUACUACAAUGACAACACAAACGACAACUACACCAACAGUCACUACUACACCUAUUAUUACUUCAAAACCAACAGAAAUCACAAUUGA